CUGAGCUCUACAUACUCUCAGGGAGCACAGGGGGAGAGCCUGCUUUCAAUCAAUAACCUCUGGAAUUCAGAAAUACAAGUCUGAGGAGUGUUUGUGUAGUGUAGUGAGUAGUGACGAUGGCUGAUCCCAUGUCUUCGGAUUACUUCAGCUGCCCACUGUGUGUGGGGCUGCUGAGGGACCCCGUGGCUAUCCCCUGCGGACACAGUUUCUGCAUGGACUGCAUCAGCGGCUACUGGAAUGAGGCAGACUACACAGGGAUCUACAUCUGCCCCCAGUGUAAGAUCACCUUCACCCAGAGGCCUGUGCUCAGGCCCAACACUAUGCUCACCAAGGUGGCAGAGAAGAUCAAGAAGACUGGUGCCAACCUCAACCUGAACCUCACGCCCCCGGGGAACACCUUUGCCGGGCCUGCCGACGUGCCCUGUGACUACUGCUCUGGGAAGAAGCUUAAGGCUGUUAAGUCCUGCCUGAACUGCCUGGCCUCAUACUGUGAGAAGCACCUGAAGCCUCACUACGAGUCGGCCACAUUCAAAAGGCACAAGCUGGUGGACGAGCUGGGGAACCUGGACAGAAAGAUCUGCCCCCAGCACCAGAAGUCCCUGGAGCUGUUUUGCCGGACCGACCAGAUGUGUAUCUGUGCCAUCUGUACUGUCAGUGAACACAAGGGACAUGACAUCGUCUCAGCCGAGGCAGAGAGAAGUGAGAAACAGAAACUCCUGGGAGUUGCUCAAGCUGAGAUCAGACAGAAAUGUCAGGAUAGGGUGAAGGAGCUGGAGGAACUGAGGACAGCAGUGGACUCAUUAAAGAACUCAGCCCAGAGGGCCAUGGCGGAGAGUGAGAAGAUGUUUGAGGACAUGAUCCGCUCCAUCGAGAGAAUGAGGUCAGAGGUGACCAAGCUGAUUGGCAUCAACGAGAAGGCUGCGUUCAACCAGGCCGAGGGGCUGGUGGAGAGGCUGGAGCAGGAGAUAGACGAGCUGAAGAAGAAGGAGACGGGACUCAAACAGCUGUACAGCACGGAGGACCACAUCCACUUCCUACAGAACUUCAACUAUCUGUGUACUCCCACAGAUGAUGGCUUUAUCCCCAGAGUGUCGGUGAACCCAGACUUCUCGUUCGGAGCAGCCAGGAAAGCUGUGGCUGAGAUCAAGGAUCGUCUGGAGGAGCUGGGUAGAGAGGAACUCGUGAAGAUCUCCAAGUCAGUGAACGAGGUCCCUGUUUAUACGACAGAAAAGAGAGAGAGAAGCAGCAGAGUCAAAGAAGUAAUGACAGUGGAUAGCCCUCCUCCACCAGAGCCCAAGACCAGAUCAGAGUUUCUGAAAUACUUCUGCCAGCUGAGACUGGACCCCAGCACAGCCUACAAGGAGCUACACCUGUCGGACAGCAGCAGAAAGGUGAUCCGAACCAGGGACCUCCAGCCCUACUCGGACACCCCGGAGAGGUUUGACAGCUUCGCCCAAGUGCUGUGCCGCGAGGCCCUGUCCGGUGGCCGCUUCUACUGGGAGAUCGAGUGGAGCGGGGAGUUCUCCAUGGGGGUGGCCUAUAAGGGAAUCAGCCGCAAGGGGAAAGGAUCACUGUGUCUGCUGGGCUAUAAUGAUAAGUCCUGGAGCCUGCUGUGUUCUGAUACAGGGUACUCAGCUUGGCACAACAGGGUGGAUAAAGCCAUCAAUGCGCCCCAUUCACCGAGGAUAGGGGUCUACCUAGACCACUCGGCAGGGGUCCUGGCCUUCUUCAGUAUAGGCAACCAUAUGACUCUCCUGCACAGGUUCGAAACCAUGUUUGUGGAGCCCCUCUAUCCUGGCUUUGGAGUUGGAACCUCGGUCAAGAUCUGUCAACUCAAAUGAACACUAACAUGUGCCUCUUAUUCCUUGAUGAAAAAGAACGUUUCGGUUUAUUUUCCACAUGGUGCCCUAUGAAUCAUUUGUAGUUUGUUUUGUUUUUAUUUGAGACUGACUGUGCCACAUUGCUCCGUCAAAUACUUCUAUUUUAUGCAUUUUCUAAACAUUUGGAUGAGCAGAGGUCCUAAUAAUUACAUUGUAUGUAAACAUAUAACCUUAACCUUUAUCCGACAUCAAGUAUUCUUUAUCUAAUGGUAUUUUAGAAAAACUAGUAUCUACAUGGCCAACUAAAUGUUUGUACUGUAUGUAACAGUUAGCUUUUUAUGACUAGAAUAACUAUUUUCAAUAAAGAUGAAAUUACUACUCAUAUAUACUUUUGUAUGUGUGUGUGUAUUACACACACAUACAAAAGUAUGUGGACACCCCUUCAAAUUAGUGGAUUCGGCUAUU